AUGGCUACUCUGAAGAUUGCCACCGUGUGCAUGCUGCUCCUGUGCGUCGGCUCGGACCUGGUGGCGCGCCCGGCCGUUUGCCUUGCAUCAUCCCCCGAUGACCAGGAGGCCGCGGCCGGCGCGCUGCUGCAGGAGCUCCUGGAGCGCGAGCUCACCCAGAAGCUGAGCCUUCUUGCUGAACAGCACGGUGACGGCGUUGGCGAGAUCUGCACGCCCGCGUGCCAGAACUGUCUGAUAAUCUGCGGGAUCACGUGUGUGCUCAACGCCAGCCCGGCCACCUGCUUCGCCAACUGCACCGUCGCCAACGGCUGCUUCAGCAAGGCGCUGCCGGUCGCAUAAGCCAGCAUAUGCAUUGCUUUACGGUCAGCCAUGUGUGCUUAUAUCUUGUCAGAUGUUAGAUUGGUUACUGAUACCAUAUGUGAUUGUGUCUUAUUUGUAUGUGCCCUGUACGACGUGUUGCUACAAGUUUAAUUACAAUAAGAACCUGCUCAGGUUGGGCCGUGCUACGUCCGGGUGGUUAUCAAAUGAAUGUAAAUGUGCUUGUAAAUGUGUUAAUUUU